CCCAACCCUGCACUAUAAAAAAGUUAGUUAAUUAAUUAUUUUUUAGUUUGUUUUUCUUAUUUACGUUUAAUUAUUAAUUUUAUAAAAAUAUAUGUACGUGACAGCGCAAUUUAGAGACUGGGCAACUUGAGCCCAUCCCGGAUAGCUGGAUGGAUACUCACCAUAAAUCAGGCACAGGGUGGGUGACAGAGACAGCCAAAAAUACUUGGGAGGAAUUGCGUGCAUAUCGCGACACACAGCAGACACAGACAACUGAUACUGAGAGUUCCACACCAGUUUCGAGUGCGCCUGAAGAUGAAGACAUAUCUUUGGUACAAACUGUCUUCGAAAAACGACGGGGCCACCAGAAAGGAUAUGGACGUAUCCUUAACAUAAGGGACCGAACUCCAUUUGAUUUUCGUCCUUCACAAACUAGAGAUGAAGAGAUGUUUGAGAUGAGAGAGCGUCUUCGACAGUUAGAGGAUUGUAUUAGUGCUAUUGUUGAUCUAGAUGCUCGUUUUCAAUAA